UCCGCUCUCCGAUUGGCUGCCCGUUGUUUCCGGGGCUCCGCUGUGCGCUCACUGACGUUUCUCGGUGUGAGCCCCGAGACAGACUGGAGAGAAUGGCUGCCAGUGGAGAGGUAGGGAAGCUGUCACAAGUACAAAAUGGGACACCUCCAACAACUAAUUAUAACGGGGUAGAUGCUGUUCAUGCCUGUAACAUCCUUCAGCAGCUCAAAGCCUUGUACGAUGAAGCACAGCUCACAGACAUUGUUGUAGAAGUGGACCAUGGCAAGACUUUCUCAUGUCACCGAAAUGUCCUUGCAGCUAUCAGCCCAUAUUUUAGGUCCAUGUUCACCAGUGGCCUUACAGAGAGCAGCCAGCGUGAGGUCAGAAUUGUCGGGGUGGAAUCUGAAUCCAUGCACCUUGUCCUAGACUAUGCCUACACAUCCAGGGUCACUCUCUCGGAGUCAAAUGUCCAGGCCCUGUUCACCGCAGCCAGCAUUUUCCAGAUUCCUGCACUACAGGACCAGUGUGCCCAGUUCAUGAUUAGCCGGCUAGACCCACAGAACUGUAUUGGGGUCUACAUGUUUGCUGAUGCCUAUGGGCACCAGGAGCUGAGGGAACGCUCACAGGACUACAUCCGCAAGAAGUUUCUGUGUGUGUCAUGGGAGCAAGAAUUCCUGCAGAUGACCAAGGAGCAGCUGGUCAGUAUUUUGAACAAUGACGACCUCAACGUGGAAAAGGAAGAGCAUGUCUAUGAGAGCAUUGUCCGCUGGCUAGAGCAUGAUCUGUCUGGUCGUGAGGCCCACCUAGCCGAGGUUUUUUCUCAGUGCAUCCGUCUGCCCUUACUGGAGGAGGCCUUCCUCACUGGGAUACCUGCCCCCUUUGCUUGCGCCCUGUCCCUGUCUAAAGAGGUUGCUGAGGCCAAAGCCCGCCUCACCGGCACCAAUGGUUGCCCACAGCGCCUGGGUAUGACCGCUUCUGAGAUGGUCAUCUGCUUCGAUGCUGCUCACAAACACUCAGGGAAGAAGCAGACGGUGCCUUGCCUGGACACAGCCACAGGAAGGGUGUUCAAGCUCUGCAAACCACCCAAUGAUCUCCGGGAGGUCGGUAUCUUGGUGUCCUCGGAGAACGACAUCUACAUCGCUGGCGGUUACCGGCCGAGCAACAGUGAGGUGUCUAUAGACCAUAGAGCGGAGAGUGACUUCUGGCAGUACGAACAUGCAGGCAACCGUUGGCUUCCACGUGCACCUCUACUGCGAGCGAGGAUAGGCUGCAGGCUCGUGCACUGCUGUGGGAAGCUUUAUGCACUGGGAGGCCGCGUCUACGAAGGCGAUGGGCGGAAUGCGUUAAAGUCAGUAGAGUACUAUGAUGCCAGGGACAACUGUUGGACAGCAGUCAGUCCCAUGCCAGUUGCCAUGGAGUUUCAUUCUGCUGUGGAGUACAAAGAUCGAAUUUAUGUCCUCCAAGGUGAAUAUUUCUUCUGCUUUGAUCCGCGUAAGGACUACUGGAGUCAUCUGGCCCCUAUGAGUGUCCCUCGGAGUCAAGGUCUGGCCGCCUUGCACAAGAACUGCAUCUACUACAUUGCUGGCAUCUGCAGGAACCAUCAGCGCACCUUCACUUUGGAGGUCUACGACAUAGAGAAGAACACUUGGAGCCGCAAGCGUGAUCUCCCCUUUGACCAAGCCACAAGCCCGUACAUCAAGGCCAUGCUGCUUCAAGGCAAGCUGCACCUGUUUGUGCGAGCCACACAGGUCAUGGUGGAGGAGCACGUGUUUCGCACCAGCCGAAAGAACUCCCUUUACCAGUAUGACGACAAGGCAGACGCAUGGACCAAAGUCUAUGAGACACCAGACCGCCUCUGGGAUUUGGGCCGCCAUUUUGAAUGUGUGGUGGCCAAACUUUACCCACAAUGUCUCCAGAAAGUGCUUUGAGGUAGCUCAUUUUUUGUGAAACCAAUCUGUGAGGCAGAUGGAGUGGUGUGAUCCUGCCUGCCUUGUGCCUGGUGUAACCUUGGGAUGCACCACAAGGAUCAUUUUUGGUUAAAGUCUUAAGUCGUUCAAACUUUGGUUUAACAUGAUCAAAAUGGGGGUGCUUUUAAAAAUUGCAGUAUUUUUUCUCCCAGACAGCACCAACUACACACACCGAUGCUUGUUUAACAAACCGUUCAAUGAAUCAUAAGUGCAAUUAUCCUAUUUUCUUUUUUUUUCCCGCUUCUUGUUGAGCCAUGUUGUUCUGUUUUUGUUUUAGAUACAUAUAUAGGUAAGGAUUUUUACAAAUGAUAAGCAUGCAAAUGAGGGUGUUGGCAGAAUAAAAGUGCCCUCUGGUGAUAUGGAUGCUACAUGUCAGCAUUAAAUCUCUCUCUCUAUAUAUAUAAAUAACUAUAUAAACUAUAUAUUCAUACGGGUAAGAUGAGUACCGUAGUAGGUUGUUGGCUCUGAGGUUUGUGUUUAUUUUUUUUUUUUAAUUUUGUGCUCAAGUCUCUCUUUAGCUUAUUUUAUAGAUAAGUUUAAAUUUGAAGUGUGAUUUACAUUACCUUAGUGUUUUUGAAGCUUGAAUAAUAUUUUUAUGGCCCUCUUUUCCUUCACAAACGUCAGUGUGUCAAACAAUACACUAUGUGUGGCUUCCAUGCUAUUUUUUCUUUAACUUUGAGAUUCCAGUUGCAUGGGGGCUCGUAACUCCCACUCUUUUGAGUUGGAAUCCAUUUUGUGUCACAUGCAAAGACAGCUUAAGUGAAAUGCUAGAGUACACGUUCUCCACAUUGGAGAAAUAUGGACGGAGUCAAAUUUGUGACAACACUAAGUGGAACGUUCAGACCAACUAACAGGCUUACCUCAGACACUUCAGAGAUCUUUGAUAAGGAGAAAAGGGACAUUUCAGGCCGUCGUGUUGACAAAGCUACUGUGUGAAAAGCUUUGUCCAGCAUUGUGCUCCAUUGAGGUUGUUUUUUGACAUUGAAUUAAACAUUUUGUAAAAGGUUGAAAGAGCCUUCCUCUUAAAAUGCCAAAAAAGCAUUUGAGGUCUUGUUAUAGUUGAUCUGGACAUUGAAAAGAAUUUUGUGGUAGCAA